UCAUAAUCUGUCUUUCGUUCGCUGUCUCAGGUUGACAAAUUUUAGUUUUCCGAUUUUCUUUAUCGUUUUUCGAUCGUUGUUGAUUCUAAUUGUGAUAUUGUUUUUAUUUUAUUUUAUUCAAGUUCUUGGUUAUUAGUUACUUACGUGGAUCUUAGUGUUUAAGAUGCAGUGACAAAAGAAUUAAGUCGCCUAAUCUCGCUAUCAACUUGAAGAACAGCAAGGAGGUUUCAUGGGUUAAAGCGGUAGUCACCAGUUAUCCAAGAUGAGUAAAAUGUCGAAGAACAAACUGAAUCUGACCCUGCCACCAGGGUCGAUUGACACAGCUCCAGCGGUCACACCUUCUAAUAUGACACCACAGCUGAAGUCUGCUACAGCCACUGAGCGGCAGGGUUUAGCUGGGAAGUCCAAGACCAGCAUUGAGGCCCUCACAGAGAGGCUGGAGCAGAUUGAGAUGGAUGACACCCAGCGGCGCCGGAUAGAAGUCUUCCUCUGCCAAAAGGAGAAGAUCGGAGAGCUUAGUGAUGAUGAUUUUGAAAAGCUUGGAGAGCUGGGUCAAGGCAACGGCGGCGUCGUUAUGAAAGUCCGUCACAAGUCGACUGGCCUCAUCAUGGCUAGAAAACUGAUCCAUCUAGAAGUGAAACCUGCUAUCAAGAAACAGAUCAUAAGAGAGCUGAAAGUACUCCAUGAAUGUAACUUUGCUCAUAUUGUGGGCUUCUAUGGGGCAUUUUACAGCGAUGGCGAGAUUUCAAUCUGUAUGGAAUACAUGGAUGGUGGGUCACUUGAUCUGAUCUUGAAGAAGGCUGGCAGGAUUCCUGAAUCUAUUCUAGGAACAAUAACAUCAGCGGUACUGAAAGGCCUGAGCUAUUUGCGCGACAAGCACGCCAUCAUGCAUCGCGACGUCAAACCGUCGAACAUACUAGUGAAUAGUAACGGCGAGAUCAAGAUCUGUGACUUCGGCGUGUCGGGGCAGCUGAUCGAUUCUAUGGCUAACUCCUUUGUGGGGACUAGGAGUUAUAUGUCACCGGAGCGUCUGCAAGGCACCCACUACUCAGUGCAGUCCGACAUCUGGUCUCUGGGGCUGUCGCUGGUGGAGAUGGCUAUCGGCAUGUACCCCAUACCACCGCCCGACGCCAAGACAUUAGCCGCUAUAUUCGGCUCACAGAAUGAAGAUCAUUCUCCGGGGCAGGCGCCAAACUCCCCUCGUCCGAUGGCGAUAUUCGAGCUGCUGGACUACAUAGUGAACGAGCCGCCUCCCAAGCUGCCGGCCGGCAUCUUCUCCGACGACUUCAAGGACUUCGUGGAUCGCUGCCUCAAGAAGAACCCUGAUGAGAGGGCUGAUUUGAAGACGCUGAUGAACCACGAAUGGAUCCGCAAAGCGGACGCGGAGAAGGUGGACAUAGCGGGCUGGGUGUGCAAGACGAUGGACCUCAUGCCCUCCACGCCUAACUCUAACGUGUCUCCUUUUUCUUCAUAAGCUGCAAGAAGUGCAUACUUUCAUCAGCGAAAAAGGGUCAAAACAUUUCCCAAGAGAAAGCGGGCGACACUAUCGCUGAAGACGCUGGCGAUGAAGAAUAGCUGCCCUGAGACCACGCGAUGACAGAAACAGUGUGUCAACUCUAGAUACCAUUGUCCAGUACCAGAUUGAGCCACAGGCGAGCACUCCACUUCAUAGAGACGUGAUCUUACCUCCUUGAUUCAAACCUUCAUUUUCAAAUUAAUCACAUUACUUCACUUCAAACAUGGAAUAGACACAUGGAGUGGUUACAAAUGAUUCGAUUUUCGAAAUGAUGUUAGAGAGAGGUUGGUAGGUAGCACUCCAUUUGUUUAACUAUUCCGUGGCAUUAACACAUCGUAGCUCGUUGUGGUCGAUACAGAUAUAAUUAUGCUGUACUGGAAGUUUAUUACUAUCUAGUGUUAUUAGAUAAAGUAGAUCAGAUUUAUUCUACAUAUCAGGGUCGUCACGUCUCAUAUCAAAUGUUUCAUUAACACAUUUAGUAAAAACUCUUCGGGAGGCAUCCUGUCAUCGAAUCGAAAAUUCAAAAUUAAUAAUUUAAUUUAUAGAAUUGGCUAAAAUUUAAGGUAAAAUCUGUAGGGAAUUAUUGAAAACAAUGUGUUACGCUAUCGCUAUGAAGCUGCUUGAGUAGUCGACGACACAGUCAGCCUACUAUCGACGUCACGAGUCGAUAUGGAAAUGUUAAAUCGAGAACAUAAUCGAAUUAGAGGUGUAACUGUUUCAUCGGCUAACAUCGAACGUGUUUGACUUUCCUUCUCAUAUACAGGCUAUAUGAUUACGAGAAAGUUGAUAAAUAAAGGUAAAUGUGUGUACUGUAACCAAUAGCACGGUGUCUGAUGAUAGAUAGGGAUAUAAUACUAAAACAUAGUGCAUUCGUGGACGAACUAAUCGAGGUUUUAUAACAAAAAAAAACGACAACUAAUCGAUAAAUGGUCAAGUAGAGUUGAUUUAACUAGUCGCAAGUCGAAAAAAUGUUAGUAGUGUUUUGACAUAUUUUUCUUUGCUGAAAGUGCGUAAUUCAUGUCAGCUGGUACCUGUUGUUUGAAUAGAUUUCGGAGGCGUUUUACUCGACGCGUCCGGAGCGUUGGAAUACUCAAACGGCCGCGGACCGCGGGCGUGGGACUGUUCCAAAACUCAAAACUAUCAUCUUAUAAUCUGUAAAAUAGAAUGCAUUUUUUAGAGAUUACACGAAAGAUAAGAAAAAAAAAACGAAAAAAUAAAAAAUCGUAGGUAUGUUUCUUAUAUUAUUGACGUGAUGCACUUUUUCCGUUUGGUUUGUUGUGUUAUUUGCUUCGUUUUAGUAUGUCCGCCAUUUAUUUACCCGCCCUGUCCCGAGCACCUAGUGUAGAUAGGCACAGCUACUCACUAACGUAAUGUGUUCGCGUUGAAUGUGAACGAGUGAAUGAUCAUUCAUUCUAUUUGACGGUUUCAUUUUGAACACGAUUAUUCGUUGUAAUUAAGAUGUAGUUACACUAUUUGAAUUUUGAAAGGCUCGAGUGCACGUUUAUGCCGGUUUGCCGCACUAUUUAUCAUUGGUUUUGAUGUCCCAGCGUACUACACAUCCCUCGCUUUGUGAUCGCUAUUAUUUGCCCGGUCUUCCCGUAGUAUUUAGAGUGUUACGUGUUUAUAAGAUUAUGUAUUGUGUGUUUCAGGGUUUGCGAAGUGUUUUGCCUUUAUAGUACCCAGCAUUUAAUAUUCUUUAUUAUUAUCAUUAGUUAGAUAAUUUGACGGUGCUUUUAUGUUAUCACUGUGUAUAAGUGAUUAUAUAAAAAAAAAGUAAAAAAAAAAGAUUUUUGUAUAAAUGGUCUACUUGUGAUUGAUAGGUAGGUUUUUAAUUAUUAUGUUUUUUUCCAAAAAAAGAAGGAUUUAAUCAUUUGUCUGUAGUCGUCGUGAUAGGUUAAGUUUGUCGUAUAAUUAUAAGUAUUGUAUUCCAAAAUUAUGUUACCUAUGUAUUUAAAAAUGUGAACGAAAUAGUGGCGAGACCUCAUUCUUAUAUGAAGUAAAGUCAAUUACAUGCAUGCGUUCUGUAUACAACGCGGAUUCUCCUCUCGUGAAAUAGUGAAUAAUAAAUGUAUUCUGAAGUGUAGAAAUUACAUUUGUACUCCAUUUAGUUUGUUAAGUAAACAGUGAGGUAGUGUCGCUAUUGUGUUUAUUUAGGACUGAGGUUUCUCUUGAUGUAUUCAUAUUUUAUCCAACCUUUGUAUCGUGAAGUCACUUUAAAGUUUAGGUAUCUUCCAGUAUUACGUAUGAAAAGAUGUUUAAAUUUCGAAAAUUAAUAAAAAAAAAACUGCGAAAAUGUUUCAAACUGGACUGCGUUGUGAAAUAAUACAAUUACGAACAAAACAUAUAAUAAUCAAAGUCUUAAAUAAUUUUUAUUUUUUUAUUAUAUCAUAAUGCCAGCAGACAGCAAUGGAAACACCAAUAUCGAUUGUAAUUAAGUGAUAUUUUUAGACUUAUCGAUUUGAUAGUUGUAUUUUUUUAUUUAUUUUAUUUGACAAAUCGCUUCUCGAACGAAGACGCUUUUAUAUAAUAUAGUCAUUUUAAACUAAUUAAUUAUUUUCGAGGCACAUUUUGAUGAGAGUACUCGUUUUAAAAUUAUAUCACAAUCGAUCUCUAAGGUCCAGCGUUCAUUUAGGCGAUUGUCAUGAAUAUCGAUUAAGUAUCGAUUUAGACUCGUUUUAAUCGAUUUUCUGACAUCACUUUUUGAAUGUCUGCUCGAUAUUGUCAUAUCGUGAAUCAAUCCGUGUAACUCCAGUUAUUUUAAUAAGCUUCUUCGUAAGAUACGUCUGUAGUUAGGUACUUAUGUACAAUUAAAUGUUAAUAAAAACUA